AGGAGUCACCUUGUGGGCACGUCUCACAGGUCUUAUGGCUGCCAUGCAGAUGGAUCCAGAGCUUGCCAAGCGCCUCUUCUUUGAAGGGGCCACUGUGAUCAUCUUGAACAUGCCCAAGGGGACAGAGUUUGGCAUUGACUAUAACUCCUGGCAGGUGGGGCCCAAGUUCCGGGGCGUGAAGAUGAUCCCCCCAGGUAUCCACUUCCUCCACUACAGCUCUGUGGAUAAAGCCAAUCCCAAGGACGUGGGCCCUCGUAUGGGCUUCUUCCUUAGUUUGCAGCAGCGGGGGCUGACAGUCCUGCGUUGGAAUGCGGUCCUGGAAGAGGUAGACCUGUCUCCAGCCCCAGAAGCUGAGGUGGAAGCCAUGAGGGCCAACCUCCAGGAGCUGGACCAGUUCUUAGGACCUUACCCAUAUGCCACACUCAAGAAGUGGAUUUCACUCACCAGCUUCAUCAGCGAGGCCAUGAUGGAGAAGCUGCAGCCUGAGAGCCGGCAGAUCUGUGCCUUCUCAGAUGUGCUGCCUGUACUCUCCAUGAAGCAUACCAAGGACCGGGUGGGACAGAAUCUACCCCAAUGUGGCACUGAGUGCAAAAGCUACCAGGAGGGCCUGGCUCGGCUGCCUGAGAUGAAGCCCAGAGCUGGUACAGCUAUCCGCUUCUCAGAGCUGCCCACGCAGAUGUUCCCUGAUGGUGCCACACCAGCAGAGAUAACCAGGCACAGCAUGGACCUGAGCUAUGCCUUGGAGACAGUGCUCAGCAAGCAGUUCCCCAACAAUCCCCAGGAUGUGCUCGGUGAACUCCAGUUUGCUUUUGUGUGCUUCCUGCUGGGGAACGUGUAUGAGGCAUUUGAGCACUGGAAGCGCCUCCUGAACCUCCUGUGCCGCUCAGAAGAAGCCAUGGUGAAGCACCAUACCCUCUACAUCAAGCUCAUCUCCAUUCUGUACCACCAGCUUGGUGAGAUCCCUCCCGACUUCUUUGUGGACAUUGUCUCCCAGGACAACUUCCUCACCAGCACCCUGCAGGUUUUCUUUUCCUCAGCCUGCAGUGUUGCCAUGGAUGCCACCCUGAGGCAGAAAGCUGAAAAGUUCCAAGCUCACCUGACCAAGAAGUUCCGGUGGGACUUUAACGCAGAGCCAGAGGACUGUGCCCCAGUGGUGGUGGAGCUCCCGGAGGGCAUCAAGACUGGCUAACUCUGGAAACACUCAGCCACGGGAGGCCCUUCCCAUAUGGCUGCAUUACUGGCCUCUGCACUAUACUUUCUAUCCCGGGACCUGCCAGGGCAGCGAUCCCAUCAGACUCUGCAGAGAUGGAACCACAGUUCCUUCCUUCAUCAAUAAAUAAGUUCCUUCAAUGCUGUACUCAAAAGAGGCUGUACUCAUCCUGAAGGCAUGUCGUGGGUUCCCCAUCAGCCUGGCAUUGGUGCUAACCUGACUGAAUUUCA